AUGAAAGAGAUCUUAAUCAAUGAUCCCAGUGUUCACUCUCGGAACUUUGGUCAAUCAGGAACAUCAAGACCAACAAGCAUGACCACAACCUCAAGUAAUGGGCAUAUUGUUUUGGAAAACACCUUUGGAGAUGGUAGAAGAGAAAUUGAAUUUCUUUCUGAAGCUGUAGUUUCCAACAACAUCAACACCAACACUAAUGACAAUCAUGCCAGUGAUCGUAAUUCUGUUAUCAGCGACAAUGAGGAUGAGAAGACUUUAACAGCCACUCAGCUGUUAACUGAAAGAAGUGGUUAUCCCACUAGUGUAAAUGAAAUUCUGAGUACUAUCACCUAUUUGCAUAAGGAAAUGCAAGAUGAAGUGGCCACAGAGCGUGAUGUCUUCAUCAGUCAGUUGCUCAGGACAUCUGAGCAAAGAGCAACCAAAUGA